AAAGCAGCAGUAAAACUCAUAUCUUGAGAGGUGUCUAUACGUGCCUACUGCCAGAAGUGUCCACGCCCUACCGAGGAAAGAUCUAUGCAAUACGCAAAAUCUUCACUGGCCAACGGAUAUGGCAUUGUGUACAGCAAGAUCUCCGGAAAUCUUUUCAUCCUCGGCUCACGUUUCAUCUUGGCUCCUGGCGCGAGAGAUCAGCACAUUAUUCCCGGAUCACUGUUUCAUCAUGCUGCGUUCGGCAUCGUUCAAGACCUUAACACAAUUACAUCAUUACUACAAGACCAGAGAGGACACCACCAACGCUAAAUCAAGGCUAUGCAGAGACGGAAGAUCGUGUCACACGGGUCGCGAGGUCGAACCAGAGUCAGGCUACUCUGUAAUUUUCGACGACUUCAAGUUACUACCAAAUGAAUUGAACUUGUUCCUUGAACACUACCCACCGAAGUCGAUAGAGUGGAUGCAUUAUAGUAAGCGACUCAGGAGCUACGGAGAUGGGCAGGUGAUUCCCAAGAAGAAACGAGGUGCUUUCGCUUACUUUGGGUUCUUCUUGACAGGAAAUAUAACCACUUGUUUCCACUGCGGUGGUUGCCAUGCCGAUUGGACAGACACUGAUGAACCGUUUGUUGAACACUGCCGUUGGUUUCCUGAAUGCCAGUUCAUCCGUUUCAUGGAGGGUGAUUACACUGUAAACUACAUCAGAGGACAACACGAGAAGCAUAUGAAAACGCUCGAAGAUCGUGGACGACAAGAAGCUGAAGUGUUCCACAAAGCACUCGUAGAAGAUCUUUUAGAUAAUGAAGAUAUCAAGUUUUAUGAAGAACAUGGUGUUAGCGUAGAACUCCUGCACCUCGCUGCAACCUCUGUGGGUCAUCAUGAGCACGUAACUGCAGACGACAUCAUCCAGGAAGUAUCCAAGCUGAGCACUCUAGAGCUGCCUCUAGACUGGAGGACCAUUCCACGUAACCAGAAAGGACUUUACCCCACAUUGGUUGACUUAAGGUCAAGGCACGUCCAAGAUGGAAACACAUCAGAAGAUGAGCACCCAGCAGGGCCGUCGCGUGGAUAUCCCGGCGCGUGUGUCUCCAACAGAGUCUUAGCUAAGCCAAAAUACCCACGGUUCCAGAGGUUCGAAGAUAGGCGUGCGACAUUCAAUGGAUUCCCUGUUCCCAGAACGGAUCUCCUGAACCCUGAAAGACUGGCUGGCGCAGGUCUCUUCUACACAAACAAGAAUGAUGAAACAGCGUGUUUCUACUGUGGAGGAUUCAUUUCACAUUGGGACAUUUUUGAUGACCCUUACACAGAGCACGCAAAAUGGUUUCCGAGCUGUGACUACAUAUGCUCGGCGAUGCAGGGACACAUUGUUGACUCUGAAUUCUACAGCAUGCCACCUAGCGCUCAACCGGAGGCUGUCAAUGAAGUCGUCCAUGGACCUCCUGUGGCAACCGACGCACACGGACACAUUGCUGACUCUGGGUUCUUCAGCAUGCCCCCUAGCGCUCAACCGGAGGCUGCCAAUGAAGUCGUCCAUGGACCUCCUGUGGCAAUCAACGCACACGUUUCAGAAACUGCCGUAGCCGAUGACGUGUCACGGGUUACACGUAGGCCUACGUCAGACGUCUUGGGGCUGAACAGCUCCGACCAGGAGGAGGAAUUUACUAUGCGGAACAGCAGCUACACUGUUCAUCCUUCGAAACCAGCUCACCCCCAGUUUGUCUCGUUAACCAGAAGGGAGAUGUCUUUUGAGUCUUAUCCAAGACAUGCCAAGGGAAACAAGGAGAAGAUGGCCAAGGCAGGGUUCUUCUACACUGGUAUUGGGGACCGCACUACCUGCUUUCAGUGUGGCAACUCCCUUUGGAACUGGGAUGAAAAGGAUGAGCCGCUACUUGAACAUGCAAGAUGGUACCCAGACUGUGCUUACGUAAUCCUUAUGGUAGGCACUGCAACCAUCAACGAUAUUAGAGAGGCACACAAGAAUACCCUGGCAGAGCGACGAACUGCAGAAAUCAGCCAGUCAGAUGAGCCCACCAAUUACAUCCUGCAACACCUGAUGUCGGCACCAAUCGUCUACCGCCUGACCGCGCAAGGCAUUGAUCGUCUCAUCGUGGAACUGGCUAUUCUCAAGAGGCUUAAUGGCACGGGGUUGAUUGACGUGCUGGACGAAGAGGACCUCCGCAGGGCAUUGACGGAAGUUGUCUCGUUGCCGGAGAACGUGAGAACGAAGGAAAUUUCGAAAGCAGACACAGGUGACCUAAGCAAGUGCAUCGUCUGCAAAACUGGAGACCGACAUACCAUCUUCCUUCCUUGCAAUCAUCUUAUCGCCUGCUCCAGAUGUGCCGAGUCCUGCAGCGUGUGUCCAUCCUGUAAUCGCCAGAUCGCGACUAGGAGGAAAGCCUUCUUAGCCUGAGAGGGAGAUGAUUUCAUUUACACAAGCGCAGCUUCUAUAAUGAAACCGCAAAUUAACCAACCACGCAGAUUUUUAGCAUAGAGUAGACAUCGUAGAACGGGAAGAAAAACAAUGUGCUAGUUUCCGGUGUAGAGUAGACCUUAGAAGUAGACCUUAGAAGUACACCUUAGAAUCAAACAGCAUCAACAACUUUAUUACGGGAGAAAAAUUUCUUACCUUAGAAUCAAUCUACUUACCUGAUGUCGUAAAAAUGAUGGGAAUAAAAAGGCUCUUUUUUUCUAAUGCCGA